CUUUGAGUCGCCAUUUGCUCUCCAAAAACUCUCCCAAAGUGUUAGUAAGAACUAAGAACACUCACUCUCAGUCCACAGUCAACCAGAUCUACUGCGAAACUCAGUUUUGCUUCGAAGCUCGGCCGGAGCUCCGCCCGGUGGAGCCUAUAACGGCACAACUAGACAAUUGUCCGCCGUUGAUCCCUCAAGGGCGCGUUAAUGGGUAGCAAGACAUCGAUCAAGUGGCCUAAGGAAAUCACAACAGGACUGGUCGAGCAGUUGAUCAAAGCCGAAAAAGACAUUCACAAAGCCGUUCUGAUAUUCGACGCUGCAACCGCGGAGUACAGCAAUGGCUUCCGCCACGACCAUACCACUUUUCGCACUAUAAUCCAACGGUUGCUUUCUGCAAACCGGUUCGCGUCCGCCGAGGAAAUGCUAGCCAGAAUGGUGAAGGAGAAGUGUAAGGUUACAGAGGAUGUGCUGCUCUCCUUGUACAGAGCAUAUGGCAGGGUUCACAAACCACUUGAUGUGGUAAGAGUUUUCCAGAACAUGAAGGAUUCUUACCAUUGCGAACCUACCCAGAAGUCCUACAUCACGGUUUUUUCCAUUCUUGUGAAUGAAAACAGGUUGAAUACGGCUUUUAAGUUUUACCGUUACAUGAGGGAAAAUGGCGUCCCACCAAACACUGCAUCACUCAACAUUCUCAUCAAAGCACUUUGCAAGAACGAAAAAACGUUGGGUUCUGCUUUUCGUAUAUUCCGUGAGAUGUCUAAGCAUGGGUGCAGUCCAGAUUCGUUCACUUAUGGAACCAUGAUUAGUGGGCUUUGUAAUCUAGGGAGGAUUCUUGAAGCAAAAGAGCUUUUCGUGGAGAUGGAAGCGAAAGGAUGCUUACCUACUGUCAUAACCUAUACCACUAUGAUUCAUGGUCUCUGUCUGUGUAAUGAUUUGGAUGGAGCCGUGAGAUUGCUUGAAGUUAUGAGAACAAAACAUGUCGAUCCUAAUGUGUUCACUUACAGUUGUCUCAUGGAUGGUCUCUGCAAGAAUGGACGCUCUUUAGAAUCCAUGGAGCUGAUGGAGAAGAUGAUCAGCGAACACAAGGUGCCAAAUAUAAUAACUUACAGCACCUUAAUCCACGGACUAUGCAGAGAAGGCAAGCUUCGCGAAGCAUUGGAGAUUUUUGACAGAAUGAAGCUUCAGGGAUUGCAACCCGACGCGGGGUUGUACUGGAAUUUGAUAAGUCUAUUUUGCGAGAGUAACAAGUUCCAGGAAGCAGCUAACUAUCUAGAUGAGAUGGUUCUUGGUAGGGUCACUCCGAAUCGGGUAACUUGGGCCCUUCAUGUGAAGAUGCACAACACAUUGGUCCAAGGACUAGUUGCCCAUGGUGGGAAUGAUCCGAGACGGGCUUUUCAAUUGUAUUUGAGCAUGAGGAGCAGAGGAAUCUCAGUUGAGGAGAAGACGUUUGAAGUUCUUGUUGCUUGCUUUUGUGAGAAGGGAGAUCUGCACAAGACUUGUCGUAUCGUGGAGGAGAUGGCAAUUGAUGGAUGCAUACCUGGGAAAGGAGUAUGGAGUGCUGUUUUGGCCUCUUUUUGGGACAGGAAGAAGGUGAGGGAAGCUACUGAGUUGCUACACUCUCAGCUGACUGCUGAACUUAUGGAGUGUUAGCCCGGAGUGUGUGUCUGAACAUGGCCGUUCGUUCAUUUAACACUAUUGAUGACAUCGUUGUGUCUAUGCUGAUACAUACAAAUAACAAUGACUGUGUGUGAGAGACACUGUGGUGUCAUCAAAUGGUGUCAUUGUAGCUUGACCCUUCGAGCUUAAGGCCGUAGUUUACCAUUCCU